GUUUGAAUAUACAGUACUUGCACACAAGGGCUGGUCUUGGAUUACGUCGGAUGUUUUUCGUGUUUGCUAGCAGUGAGCUAACUUUGCAUCAUCUUCAUUUACACGUCUUUUUUAAACAUCUACCCCCUCAUUCCGAACCCCCACACCUUUCCGUUGCAUGCACGCCCGCGGGACCGGAACAUGGACCUGCACAUUCUGGACCACCGGCUGCGGGUCACCAGCAUAUCCAAGAGCGGACUAGUGCAUUUCACACACCCGCUGAUCAAACUCAUAUUCCUCCGGAAUCGGACACGAUGUAAGUUCUUCAGUUGGACCGAGACUCCUGAGAACUACACAGUCGUGUUGGACGAGGAGGGAUUCAAAGAGCUCCGCCCCUCGGAGCACCUCCAGGUGGAGAGUUCCGUGUGGCUGCCGCUCAACGUGGUCUCCAACGCCAACGCCUCCGUCAGCUCGCAGGCGGUGGGCGUGACCAAGAUCGCCAAGUCCGUCAUCGCGCCGCUGGCCCAGCAGCACGUUUCUGUUUUCAUGCUCUCCACGUACCAGACCGACUUCAUCCUGGUGAGAGAGAAGGACCUGUCGAUAGUGGUCAGCACUCUGGAGGAGGAGUUCAACAUCUACAGGGAGGUGGGAGGAGAGUCGAUCCUCGUCCGCGGUCAGGACCUUUCCAACGGCCUGGAGAAGAACGGCAAAGAGGCCAUGCGGCCGACACUUCACCCGGUGCUCAUACCCCAGAACCAGUUCUGCGUCAUGUCUCUGGACCCGGACACGCUGCCCUCCAUUGCCACCACGCUCAUUGACGUCAUCUUUUACUCCAGCAGUGCAAAAGACGACGAAGCAUCGCCUUCACCCAGCCAAGACCUGGAAAGCAUCAAGUUCUUCUCCUUCUCCCUCAUCGACGGUUACGUCUCGCUGGUCAUGGACACGGACGCUCAGCGACACUUUCCAGCCGACCUCCUCUUCACCAGCUCCUCCGGAGAACUGUGGAGGAUGGUGCGCAUUGGGGGACAGCCAUUGGGCUUCGACGAAUGUGGAAUCGUGGCGCAGAUCUCCCGGCCGUUGGCCGACUGCGACAUCUCGGCAUAUUACAUCAGCACCUUCAGCUUCGACCACGCUCUGGUCCCGGAGGAAGACAUCGAGAACGUGACCGACAUGUUGCAGCAGCAGAGGAAGGACCCGACUGCCAGCUGAUCCUCGAGGUCCCAUCUUAGCCGAGGCUAGCCUAGCCUAGCCUAGGCUAGCCUAGCGCUGCGCAAGCGGCAAAUAUUGAUAGUUGCCACCAGCACCACGAGCACUUAGCCGUCGUGUCUUCAGCCCGGUCAUUGGAGGGGGCGGGGCUUGCAGUCCCCCCCGACUCUUAACGUAAUAGCGGCUAAUAAUCAGCUAACGUUCAUGCUUCAGCGGUGACACUUUUUACCCGUUUUCCUCGGAAAAUGGCAUCCGGGCUCUUAACUGAGGCACAACCAGUUUCAUAGGUCAGUAUUUUUUUAACAUUAUUAAUAUUAUUAUUAUUAUUAUUAUUUUUCCAAGGUCAUUUGUAGUUUAUUAUUAUUUGCACAAACUUGAAUUUUGGCUAACAUCACAUUUUUCGAGUACAACUCGGUUUUGUAGCAUUUGAAAUGUUACAUGACUGUUGGUAAUGCGGUCUUUGACAAUAAAAUGUAUGGAA